GCCGACCAGCUCCAACACUGUGAACCGAUUGCACACCCCACAACAAACGACAUGUCUUUCCGUGGAACACCUCGAGGCGGCCGUGGCGGCUUUGGCGGAGGAAGCAGGGGCGGAUUUGGUGGUAGCUCCCGUGGAGGACGCGGUGGAUUUGGCGGAGCAGCUUCGUUCGGACCCCCAGACCAGGUCUUCGAAAUGGGCAAGUUCGUUCACGAGGUCGAGAACGAGAUGUUCUGCGAGUCGAUCAACACCAAGAUCCCCUACUUCAACGCGCCCGUCUACCUCGAGAACAAGACACCCAUCGGCAAGGUUGACGAGAUCUGCGGUCCCCUGAACCAGGUCUACUUCACCAUCAAGCCCCAGGAAGGCAUCCAGGCCAAAUCAUUCAAGGCCGGCGACAAGUUCUACAUUGGCGGCGACAAGCUUCUGCCCCUCGACAGGUUCCUGCCCAAGCCCAAGCCUGCUCCCGGUGCGCCCAAGGUCAAGAAGCCCGCUGGUGGUCGCGGUGGUGCCCGUGGUGGUCGUGGCCGCGGUGCGCCAAGAGGGCGCGGAGGACCUCCCGGCCGUGGUGGACGUGGUGGUUCGUUCGGCGGUGGUCGCGGUGGUAGCUUUGGUGGCAGCGGUGGCUUCUCGCGCGGUGGAGGACGCGGCGGACGAGGCGGCUUCACCCCCCGUGGGCGAGGCGGAUACUAAGCGCAGUCUGGAUUGGUUUACCUUUGCAAUGAAGACACCAGGACGGGCGGUUUUUCCUAGUCGCGGUAUGACCCUGGACAUCACGGAUACCAAUCGAUACCACGAACAUUCGACGGCGUUUGGGAGCUCAAUGGGAUUUUGUACAUGUGGAACAUGGCGCCAUGUUGGAAAAGGCUCUAGAGCAUGUUGUACGGAUCAUAGUCAUUUCACGUUGAAUCGAAACUUCAAAAAGCAUGCACAUCGUGUCGCCGGACACGGCAUGCGAUUCUUUGCGCUGUUCAA